AGCAAGUAAUCUUAAUUGUGAAAGAAUUUGAAAGUCCAGAUGACAUAUAAUCGCCAUCGUUUGGUCGAUAACCGAUCACGUCGACUGAUAAAAUCCACUAAAUAAAAAUCUAUUUAUGAGCUAAAGCUCACGUAAUUCUUAUCAUUUGAAGAAGGCACUCGUUUUCAAUUGGUUUCAAGAUUAAAUCGCUUCGAUCGUUACAAUUUGUCCGUACUUUUUUUUUGGCUCGGAAAGUGUACUUAGAACACAAAUCCAAACUCUUGAAUUUUUUUUUGCAGAAUCUUGUUAUGCACUCCAUGAAUUUGGUGACAAUAAGUAAAGAUGUCACUCUGGAUUGCAUUCAACACAAUGUUUAGUUCAACUCCAAAAUGAUGAGAAUUUUUUCAUGGGAAAAUGGAGUUUUUAACCAACUGAAUCAUCUCAACAAAUUUAUGGUCAAUUUUAUCACAGGCGCCUAAGAAUCCAUUGUUCGUAAUUUCUGCUGUCAGUGUUGUUGUUGUUUAAAUUUACGCGCGCCACACACACACACACACACACACAUACCUAUCCGAUUGUACGAUAUGUGCAGUCUCUAGACUACGUAUUUAGAGGAAGAGCACAACGCAUUAUCGCCAACUUAAUAGCAUAUACAGUACGGGUAGAUUGACAACACAACGCACUGUGUAGCACAGUAUAAGGUCAGUCGUAAAUUGUUGCGCCGAACGAACGGAGGUCUUUGUGCGCUUCAGUUGUACGGAAACAAUCGCACUAAAGAAAAAAACUCACCAACUAACAACGACAGCUCAACAGCAAUUUUUCUUUCAAUUUUAUUAUUUCGUUUGUAAUAUCCUUUUAUUUUCUUUUGUUUCUCAUUAUCGGUUCAAUUAUUAACUUUCGGUUUUCAUUUGUGACAAUGAUAAUUGGUUCAAAUCACAUUUGAGUCUUAUUUGUUGUACAUAUUUUUUUUUAAUUUGUGACCAUUUGCAACGUCAAAGAUUGUUUAAGUAUUUGGCAUUGGAAUGAAAUCGUGUUGUAUUUAGUUUUGUUUUCAUGAAAAUGAAGUAAGAAAUUUCAAAAGAAAAAAAAAGUUAUUGUAAAGAGCAAAAAAAGAAGAAAAUCGGAAUUGCACGAUAAAUGUUUGAAGUGCCUCACACGGAAUCCUAUAGAAAUUUCAACUAAUUUCGUGAUAUGUAAAUGUCAAGUCAUAUAUUCUAUAAGAAUAGAUGAUAAAAAAGCAACAGCUAAUUACAACGGUAUAGGUGUGAGCGAGUAAGAGAGAGAGAGAAAGAGUGAAAUCUACACAUCCGAAUUCAUGCAAAAUGGCAGUAAACACAGCGUUUGAACCAGAUUACAUUGAUGAGACGACCACGUCAGCGGCACAAACUCCAAAAAAUGCGUCAAACAAUGCGGUCAAUGGACGACCACCGAACGAAAGCACCUCCUUCAAUUUGAAUUUAGAUACUUAUUUUUCCGAUGAAAAAAUCCGGAUCCCAGACCAGGAAGGAUUCAGUUUUCGUAAGCUAUGGGCUUUCACCGGACCAGGUUUUCUUAUGUCUAUCGCUUACUUGGAUCCCGGAAACAUCGAAUCAGAUCUUCAGUCCGGAGUUGUAGCGAGAUACAGGCUAUUAUGGGUUUUGCUAACAGCGACAGUUUUGGGUUUAGUUAUGCAACGGCUAGCUGCAAGAUUGGGAGUUGUGAGCGGUUUACACUUGGCUGAAAUGUGCUACAGACAAUACAAAACGUUUCCACGUUUAGUUCUGUGGAUUAUGACUGAGAUUGCCAUCAUUGGAUCGGAUAUGCAAGAAGUCAUUGGAACAGCCAUUGCUUUAUUCUUAUUGUCAAACAAAUUUAUUCCCUUGUGGGCCGGCACUUUGAUUACAAUCAUCGACACAUUUUCAUUUUUAAUGCUUGACAAAUAUGGUUUGCGAAAGCUUGAAUUGCUGUUUGGGUUUCUAAUCAGUGUUAUGGCUGUAACAUUCGGCUAUGAGUACAUAGUCUCGGCACCAAGUCAAAUCGAUGUUAUGGAAGGAAUGUUCAUUCCUUGGUGCAAAGACUGUGGAUCAAAGGAAUUAUUACAAGCUGUUGGUAUUGUUGGAGCUGUGAUUAUGCCGCAUAAUUUGUACUUGCAUUCGGCAUUAGUUAAGUCGCGUGAUGUAGAUAGAAGAGAUUCGGCUAAGGUUCGCGAUGCGAACAUGUAUUUCUUCAUUGAAGCCAGUAUCGCCUUGUUUGUGUCGUUCAUCAUAAAUGUAUUUGUGGUUUCUGUUUUCGCGCACGGUCUCUUCAACCAGACCAACAACAAUGUUGUGCAAAUGUGUAAAAAUAAUUCAUCGCCGUUGUAUGCAGAAGCGUUGGAUUUGUUUGGAAAGUCAACCGACCUAGUUGAUGCGGAUUUGUAUAAAGGAGGCAUUUUCUUGGGUUGUUCCUUUGGAAUUGCGGCCAUGUACAUUUGGGCAGUUGGUAUUUUGGCAGCGGGACAAAGCUCAACCAUGACUGGAACGUACGCUGGCCAGUUUGCGAUGGAAGGUUUUUUGAAUUUGCAAUGGGCGCGUUGGAAGAGAGUUUUCGUUACCCGUUUGAUUGCCAUCGUUCCAACAUUUUGCGUUGCCUACUUCAGUGAUAUUCGAGAUUUGACUGGGAUGAAUGAUGUGCUAAACGCGGUCAUGUCGUUGCAACUACCAUUUGCUGUGAUUCCGACCAUUGCAUUCACCUCCAGUGUGGCCAUUAUGGGCGAAUUCGUCAAUGGCAUUGGCAACAAAAUUGUUUCGGUUCUUCUGUUCAUUCUUGUUAUCGCAAUCAAUAUCACAUUCGUCGUGGAUCGAUUGAACGACGCUGACUUAGACUGGGGAUGGUUUACAUUAGUCAUCAUUUUCAGCGUUUUGUACAUAUUGUUCAAUAUUUACUUGGUUAUUCACAUGGCUGUUUACAUGGGAAGUGAACGACUGAGAAAUUUAUCGUUGGUACAAAAGUUCAUUAUGCCAGCAGAGAAUACGUUCCAGAAUGAAAUUACGCAUAACUCCUAUUCUAGAAACAAGGAAAUGCAAUCCUGUCGUUUGUAAGCUGAACGAAUCAAUACCACCUUCGAAACGUUUCUAUUUUGGGCAUUACCAACACGAGUAAUUGAACUUCUUUAGUCCUUCGAUGUUAAGAAUGGCAUUUAGCUUGGGUUGUAACUUUUGUAAAUAAGCAGUUGAUUAGUUCAAUACAAUCAUGGCUGGUCGAUGAUUGUUUUUGGGAAUCUAUCGUCUUUUCUGCUGUCAAAUGACGAUCCGAUCAUUUUGCGAUAAUUUUCAUUCAAGUCAAAAUAAAUCAAUACAUUUUAUUUUCUCAGAAUAUUUUUUUUUUCAUGUUAACUAAGAAGACUUUUGUUAUAAAUUGCACCGUUAGUUUUAGCACCUUGAUUAUAAUCAAUUGCAAUAUUUUAGUAUUAAUUUUAGUUGUGAAUGAUUUAUUUAGUGUAUUCUCUGUGUGUCAAAGCAAUAAUAUCAAUGGCAUGAAUGAAAAGAAAAAUAUUUUUUUUUAAAUAAACUUUAGCCUUAAACUCUU